AGGGCGUUAGGUGUGAAAUAAAUCUGGGAAUGAAUACUCCGUAAUGGUGAAAUAUACGUCUUGAAAAAUUGAUGAUGGAAAAUAUUGGAAAACGGCAAAUUCUUUUGUUGUAUAAGAAUUUAUUGCAGUAUUCAAAAACAUUAAAGUUUACAGACAAGAAAUAUUUUCUUAACAGGAUAAAAGCAGAAUUUCAAAGUAAUAAAAAUCUGCAGACUAAAGAAGAAAUUGAAUUUCAAUAUAAAAAAGGGUGUACUUUUCUACAAAAUAAAAGGUUAAUAUGAAAAAAUAAUCUCCGAAUACAAAGUGUUAAAAUGUUUCUAUAUAAGUUUAUUUUACGUCAAGUACCUUUCAAACAUCACUCAUCAGUUUUCUCUCAGACAUUUUUGAGACAAAAUUAUUUCACUCAACAAUUCUUGAGAUAUAAAUACAUUGUGGAUAGAUCAAAAGUUCCAGAAAUAAAUGAAGAUGAUCUUGAAGAACAGUUUAUAAGAGGAUCUGGACCAGGUGGUCAGGCAGUCAAUAUGUCAUCAAAUUGUGUUUUGCUUAAACAUAUUCCUACAGGUAUUGUAGUUAAAUGUCAUAAAUCAAGACAGUUGCCUGAAAAUCGUAUUAUUGCAAGAAAUUUGCUUCAAGAGAAACUGGACAAUUUGUACAAUGGAGAUAUGAGUGUGGCUGCUCAGAUGAAGAGGAUAGAUGAUGAAAAAUCUUAUAAGAGAAAAAAGAAAGCAGAUAAAUUGCGAGAAAUGAAAAGAAUCUUUAAAGAAAGAAAUAAACUUGAUGAACAAUAAAAAAUACUAUUUAAAAUCUAGAAAACUUUAUUUGAUUGAUUACAAUUAAAAUAUUAUUUUUACAUUAAACAAAUUUCUUUAUUACAAAAAAUAACAAUGAUAAUGGACAUAACAUUUCUUUGUUGGCAUUGAA